CGCUCAGUCUGUCAGUUAUACAUAUAACAACUAUUAUAGGUAAAUACGAAUGUGAAAAUACUGUUUGAUAUGAAAUGACACUAACUUUGAAAAAGUGUUAAGUUUACUUUGGAUACAUCGUAUCUUAAUUCUGAAAUGGAUUGGAGCUCUUAUACUUUUUUUUUUAAUUUAUGAAAUAAUUGACAGAAUUUCGAAACGCUAUUGAACUAAACUUUAUAAAAUGUAAUUAUUGGCAUUAAGGUCCAUCUGAAGUUCUAGCCUGGUUUAGCGAGAAGAAAAAAAAAGUUUCAAUUAUUUAAGAUUUUAAAAUAUAAAUCGUGUAUUGGCAAUUUUAUUGAAAAUAUUGAAUCAACUAUGACUGCAGAAUAGGGGACCAGUGAAAUGAUUACUAUUUCACGCAUGAUUUUCUUUCCAUUAACGAGUGGUUUAUUUUGUAAUUGAUCAAUCAAUAACGUGAUAACCAAAACGAAUCUUGUUCAUCAAUUUGUUUGCGAUAGCGUGAAAGAUGUAUGUAGUUUCCCUUUUGUGAAUACAAAAUAGAUGCGUUUACGGUAGUAUUUGUUAGAGAAAAAAGCGCGCUUUUUAAGGGAUAAUACAUUAUAUCUACCAUUGUUCAACAUUAUCCUUUUUUAGAGAAUCAUUUAUUUUGUUGCCAUCAUAACGUCUUCUUGGUUUUAUAAUCAUUAUUACUUUAAAUACAUUUUAAAAAUUAAACGCUUAGUGCAAAUUCAGUCAUAAUGAUAAGUGUCUGAUACUUAAGUUUCAAGUCGCACAUCAUUAAACAUGCCUUUUAAGUCCAUUUCACUUAUCGAAAUUGACCCCGAUUACAUUUAUGACACUGGACGUAAAUAGCAAAAUAAUGUACCUCUAAUUGUACACUAAUACCACAACUUUUCUUACUAUCUUUAAAAUUAUGUCGCCCAUAGCAUGUCAUUACGACAACUUGAAAAACCCAAUUUUGCCAAGUGAUCUACUCAAUUACACCAAGCAAGAGUACCACCGUAUAACAAGCAGUUGAAUUAAGUUUGAUAAAACUUUAACCUGCUACACUGCAUCGAUUAGACGAUCAAAGUGUGUGCCUAUCCAUUUAUCCUCUGUAGUGAGGAGUAUCCAAAAUUAAUAUUUUCUCUUUGUGCCAACAGCUAUUUCAUCUGACACGCUUGUUUAACAGAUUUAAAAAACAAAAUAGCCGUUAGCAUGUAAACACUAAUUGAGAAAUCAUGUAUGUUAUUUCUGUGGGUUCUUGGAGAUUGAUUAACGUGAGUCAUGUUAUGAUAAAAAUUAUAACUUAAAAAUGGCUCCAGGAAAGAAACGACUUGGUUCUAUCUGUAUAGCUCCCGGACUAAUGCGGAUAUCUAUCCAAAUGCUGGACUCUUUAUGACACUCUUCACUGGACUUAAACAUGGUCCCGAGGAGUCGUCGUCACCUUAAAGACUUCAAAGUUGAACACAUAUUUUUUUAACUUUAAAAAAAAUGUAGAUUUACUGUUAGAACAUUUUUUUAAGUUAAUAAAAUUAAUCUAUUAUUAAGGUGUAUAUUCUUUCUUGUGGGGGUUGUGGAGCAGGUGAGCUUUUCUUUGGAGAUUUUGUGUUUGGAAUAUAUCUCCUUGUCGCACUUUUUCCCAUCUGCUCUCUUCUCAUUAACGAAUAGAAUGGUCAUUAUAAAAGUAACUGCUGUGAUGACCUCAGAAUAGAGAGUUAUUCAGUUAUCUGAUUAAUUUUCUCGUAAGGAUGUACACAAAGCAGACGUUUGUUCAUAUUUUAACAAAGUGUUCCAAUAAAAUGAUCAACAUUUUCAUUAAAAUUAAAUAUGUAUUCUGUAACAUGAAGUCUUUUUUUUUUUUUAAAUUUAAAAUGUAUUCUUUAAAAUUUAAUUUAUUUUCCCAUUAACCUAUUUACAUAAUAAUUUAAGCCUACACUAUAAGUUUUAAUUCCACUGGUUUUUUAAACAGAUCUUAUAAAUGCAGCAAUAAUUAGUUACACUUUGUGUGUUUAAUAGUGGGAAAACCCAAAUAUAAAAAAAAAAGAAAAAAAAAAGAAAGAAAGAUCUUCACCGUUGAUACCAUGAGGCCAUUUUAUACACUAAAGUCGAAAUCACGGUAUUGGACUCUUCCAUUACAAAGUUUAGCAGGAUGUAACGUUUAGAACAGUGGUUCUCAACCUUCCUAAUGCUGCGACCCUUAAUUACAGUUCCUCAUGUUGUGAUGAUGACCCCCCCCCCCCAAACCACAAUAUUAUUUUCAUUGCUACUUCACAACUGUAGGUUAUAUGUGUUUUCUGAUGGUAUUAGGUGAUCCAUGUGAAAGGGUCGUUCGACCACUAAAGGGGUCGUGACUGGACACAGGUUAAGAACCGUUGGUUUAGAAUGAGAAAGCGUUUUAAUAAUAUUUGAGAGAAAAAAAUGGGAAUCGAGACUAUAUGAGACAGGAGUUAAUUGCCUGUCCUACUAGAGCUAUUAACUGUAGAUAAUAUUGUUUAGUUUAGGCCUGCACAACUUAAAAUGUAAGGUGUACCUUAAUCAUUAAUGAAAAACGUGUAGUUGUCAAAAUAAAAUAGGACAAUGGGGAAUGCUAUUAAUUGUAAUAAUAAAGAAUAUUCUUUGCUUUGCAGACCACGUUAUUUUGAAUUAAGUUUUUAUUAUGUAUAAAUAAACAUGUAUUAUUAUUAUUAUUUUUUUACAAUAAAAUACAUUUAUUACAUUCUUCUCAUUACUAUUUUUAACGAUAGUACGUAUCACUUUAAGACUUCUAUCAACGAAUUAUCAUUUAAAUUUAACACAUCAUAGCGCCAUUGUGAGAAUAUCAAAGUCCUUUCAAGGAAGCUUUAGUUGCAGGAAAUGUGAUGGUCAGAUUUCCUUCUGUUGUUUUCACUGUGGCAUAAACUGUAUUAUGUGAGCCAAAGCGGCAUAUUUUUCAUUUGAUCAAAAGAUAAAUUUAACUACCUAGGAAUGAGGGAAAAUUUGAUGGGGGCUUGAAAACAUCGGUAUACAUUUUGUGUUGUCAGUUUGUUUGUUUCAAAUUUUUAUGUGAUUUUUUUUUUUUUAGAUGGCAGGUAUUCAAAUGUAACGCAAGAAUGUCCUUUAAUAUAAAUUGUAUUGACCGGAGUAAGCAAGAUUGAUUGGAUGUAUAGUAUUUUCGGAAAAGCAUUUUUAUUUUAAAAAGCAAGUGAUAAUUACAUAAUAUUUCUUUUGACUAUCAAGCAUACAAACCUGGUAUUUAUACAAACCUGAAAAAUUGAAACGCGUUAUGUUUUAUGUGAUUCUUAGUACACAGCAGACAUUGAGAGUCUAGGAAGACAAUGAGUUUUAGAUACAGUAGUUUUGUUAUUCCUUUGGGAUUCUACACCUAGACAAAGAUUGCAGCGCUUAUGCCUUGUUAAAUAUUUACAGAUACGUUAAAAAUAUAAGACAGAGACUUAAUUUAAGUUUUGUAUGUUAAAGAUAUUCAUUAUUUAAGCCCGUAAAGCUGGCGGAAAAGAAAUGAUUACGUUAAGAAGAUUUUGAGUUAGAAAUCCAUGUCGUCUAAAUAUAUUAAUGACUUAUGUUAGAAAUCCGUGUCGUCUAAAUAUAUUAAUGACUUAUGUAAAAAUGUAAUUGUGUACUUAUUUGUAAAAAUAUGUGUCAUAAAUACUAAGUGUUUUCAUUUAUCGGCAAUACCUUUAUGUGCUCUGAAAGGUUCAGGCGAUGAACAUUUUGAAGAGACAGUUCGUUUAAACAAAAAGCAAGAUGCCACCACCAUUUUCUGCAGAUGAAAGCUCUCAACUGCAAUCACCUGAACACAGUUUACCAGCACAAGGCUGUAGAAGUGACCAGGCAUCAGAUUAUUACUUUACCUGGAAGUGUAAAUUUGAUUUAUCUCCUCACAGCAGUGUGAGAUUUUGCAUUACACACCCUGAAGGGAUGGCAGAGAUUGCAAACGUUGCUUUUAAAACUGGCAUUCUUCAACUUGAAUUUGAAUACAUAUUUUCCACUAAGAUAAAGAAUAUAUAUAAUCCAAGUCAACCGGUCGUUGAAUUAAACUCAGAUGAAACACGUGUCUCUUCAGUUAGGUAAGAUUUCCUUCACCACUGAUAUGCAUCAUUUAAUUAAAAGCCGGGUUCCCCGUCGACCAACACGUUAUUGCUGAACGAUACAAAUGUAUCACAUGUGUCUGAAUCUGAUUUAUAUAAACAGUAAUUAUGACAAACAAGUUUAUUAGUUUAUAAUGAAAUCACUUUUUUUUAAAGGGAAUACGUUAGGUAAUAAAAAUCCGGCAAGAGAUGUCAGUUUUCAACCUUUUUAAUUAAAUAAAACUUUAUUUUAUUUAAAUACUACUUUAACUAUGAACGUUAAAUAUUAAUUUGACAAUAUAUUUCAAAACAAAAUAAUACUUGUUUUUUUUUGUUAAAUGUAUUUCAGCGAACUUUUUAAAGGUACAGUGUCACCACCAGACAAUGAGGAUGAAGUAGCUCUAGAUUUAAAACUCCAUUUGUAAGUGCCAGCAAAUAAAUUAAUAAAAUAUUUUUUUGUAUUUAUCAUGCGUCGCAUAUUUAUGUAAGAGUGACAUUAUAGUAAAUAACAAACAUAUUGUGUCGCAAUAUUAUAAAAUGUAAUAAAUGAUCUCUGACUUUAAAACCACACACGUUCAAAAGUAGUAUUACAUAAAAUUUAAUUUAAAUGUUCAUUGAAUGAUCUCAUGUUACAACUGAUGUUAAUUUUUUCGCCCAAAUUUUUAAUAUGAAAACCGACAUACCAUUCAAAUUAAAAUUUAGCGCUAAGCAUUACCUUUUAACGUUUUGCGGCAAAGUAAUUGGAUUUUUUUCAAAGAUAAUUUUUUUUGUACUUAGGCUAGUUCUUUAAACGAAAAUGUGUUAUAAUAUCUUAUCAAAAUACUUGACAUAAUUGCUUUUUACAGUUUCAGAAAAAUCCCAGAUAAUUUUUAUGUUAAAUUUCCUGCCGAUCCGUUUCCAACUGCUUGCAAUUAUCAUCCAUUUGUGACAUUAAUGGAAAAAUGGAUAAGCAACCAUGGUGAAUAUUUCAUUACAUAACUAUGUAUAAGUAUUUCGUGUAAUCUUUGGUUAACUCUACAUUUUUGUCCGUUAUUCAAGUAUACAUUCAGGCAUUAUGAAUGUUCUAUUAUAAUUGUUGGAAAUAUAAAUAUCUUAGGCCGUUUUUACUUUCUUUAGAGAUGAAAGCAUAAUCAAGAAUCAACGUUGUCUUAACUAGAAUAAUGACACAGAUCUUAACUAACUCAUCAGCUGAAACAUAAGUUAUGCCCUGCGCCCCUUGUAAAAUAAAAAAUAAUUUUAAGCAAUAUUUUGUUAACCUGAUUACCUCUUUACCUAUUAGAUCUGUGUUUUUUUCCCCUAAAGAAUAGUCUUGUCAAAUAUAUCUGGUAGAAUUCGCAAAUUCAAAGCGCAAAUGUAUUAAGAAACAAUGUAUACAGUAUAUUAUCGUCACUGAGUUCUAAAUUAUUUAUUAUGUUGGAAAGGAAAUGAUGGGGCAUUUAAUUUUGAGUGAAAUUUUGAUAUCACUUUUAUUAUAUGUGACUAAAAAUUUUGUUCUCUAUAGAUGCCGGUACUGUAACUGUAUCCUAGUUAUACAUUUCUCUUAUGUAACCCACGUAAAAGUAGAUUUGAGGCUAUGUGUGUCAGUAUCCCUACACUUGCCUUUUCGAAACGUUCCCAUCUAUACAGCGCUUUGUUUUUGUUUAAGCGGAAUGAAAUUCUGUAGAUAAUUUGUUUGAUUAUUUUAAAAUAAUGUAGGAUUGCUGCUUCGAAAUGAAUAACUGAACAAAAUGUUCUAUUUGAAUUUUUAAAUAAAACAUAAAUAUAAAUCUAAUUUAGCGUAUAUUGUAUGUGAAAAUAAUUAUUUUCUUGGUUUUGCUCAAUACCUCCAGCGUUCUGGAAACGUGAAUGCCCAGAACAAGAAACAAUCAGAAAGAAUUACAUGUACCUUAUUGAAGAGCUUUGCGAAAGUCAACUUGUUCCGUACUUAUUCCAAGAAAAUGUUCUCAGCUUUGCAGACAAAGGUGACGUUGAUGAUGAGCCGAAAAGGCAACGAAAGAUUGAGAUGAUAUUAGACAAAGUAAUGAGAGGAUGCCCCCAAGCAUUUCCCAAAUUUCUCCAGGCAUUGGAAGAGGGAUACCAACAUGUUGCCGAAAUGUUAAGGAAAAAUCUUCGCUCAUUAAAAGAAAAUGCCGUGCCGUCGAUCACUUUAUAACUAUAAAAUGUAACACAAUUUUGAUAUUAUUUGUCUAUGAUUUAUUCAUUGUUAAGCUCUGAGUUAUAAUAAAUGUUCAUGUCAGAAUGUAUUUGAUAUUGUUUAAUGAGUAUGGAAAGUAAACAAUAUAAAUAAAUGACAAAUAUGUAUUUAAAAUAUUGUAUCUGAUCAAAUGUUUUUCUGUGACUAAAGGAAGCCCGGGAGAUUUUCUCCAAAAUGCAUCAGUUUGAAGAAACACAAUGAAGUAUAUGAACACGCAAAGUGUGUCUCUGGGGAUCACGUCAUUCAGACCCUUAACUAUCAAAAUUGAUCUACAUAUUUAAAAGCUUAUUGAUACCUUUCAUAAAAUUCCAUUACGCAAAAUGUAGCUUUAAAUUAAUGAAAUAAUGCUAUGGAUUCAGACAAACGUUUUACAUUUGCUCUAGAAGGAGAAGAAAAAACAUCAGAUCGAUAUAGACAAUUUAGCACUAAGAAAGUUUGAGUACGUGCUUACCUAUUGUGACUCACAACUGAUCUCUUUGGUCAGGUUAACUCUUUCCUAAAACCCCAAAACCUCCCCUUCCAGAAAAUGAACAUACGUUAUUCACUUGGACAUUUAAAACUAAAAAAAAAAUGUUUACCGAAAUUUAUCUUUCUACGUUGAUAUCUUAGAGAUGGGGAAAGCUAGUUAAAUGAUAGGAAAAUAUUCUACAAGAUCAAAGAUGUGCACAACCGCAGGACUAUGAAGUAUUUUUUUAAACUGUUAGAUAAGAUCUUUUUGUCCAUUUAAUGACAAAUUAUUAGUAUGAGAUGACUUAACUGACUGUCACGGAGGUCGCCAGACAAUAUGCCAGAGCUCUCUUGAGCUUUUCAGAUUCUUAAAACUGUCUAUUUAUUAUUACUACCUUUUAAUGGUCAAUACAAUGGGACAUCUUCAUUUAAAAAAAAUAGUGAUUCACUCAAUAGAUGCCAGUGGCUAAAUUAACAUUUUAAAUUAAACGAUCUUUUCAUUUUUUAAACUAAAUUAUUAAAAAUUUUAACGUUAUUUGUAUUUCGUAUUUUUUUAUUGUGGUCAUUUCCU